AAAAAAAAUUUUCAACAUAACCCAAGUUAAUCAAAAUAUUCCAAAAAUUCAAGACAAUAAAAAGUACAAUAUGAGAUAGGUACUUUGAGAUAGGUACACGGAAAGUUGACGGGUAAAAGAAAGGACUAACUGGCCAUGUACCCAAGAUCAUUCACUUAUGAAAUCCUUGUUGUUUUGAUCAUUGUUGAUAUUGUUACAAAAUUGUUUUUUCGACAAGCAUCUUGUCCUUUGAAUAUCUUAUAUUUGCAGUGCAAUUUUCUUGUAAGUUUAUUUGUAAGUUAAGUGAUGAAUGUAAGUUAAUAUUUUCAAGUCAAAACUGAAAGAAGUCCUUGUAAAUGGUUAUAGUCCUUAAUUCCACAUCUAAAUCAAGGAAAAAUUAUUUAAUUAUCUCUUUCUUUGGAGACAUCUUCUGAUGUUGUGUUCUUUUUUUAAGUUUGUCGAUGUUUUUCUAGUUUUAAGAGGGGAGGGGAGGGGGGGGGCUCUCUCUCGAUUAGUUUAAUUAUCAGAGAGCUCCUCCUCAGACAAUUAUGCCUAAAUACAUACGAGCAUGGUUUUCGGAUGUAGUCUUGUUGACUGCUUCUGAAACCCAUGCUCUUUCCAUGUUCUGUACAGUAUUGUGCCUUGUUUUCUUCACUUUCUUCUGUGUCUGGUGUGGAAGUAUUAUGUGGAAAGUCAGUAUGCCGACUUUCAAACAGAGGACCAGAUGCUGUUGGAAAUUUCAAAGAAAUCUUAAAUAAGUUUCAAAAUGGGAGCUAUAAGCUUGAGAUGGAAUUUGCUGGUUAUGUGCUGCAUCUUCGUGGAUGUUUAACAGUGCAACCCCUGAAAGAUCGUGCUGGAAAUAUUCUUCUUUGGAAUGGGGAAAUCUUUGGUGGAGAUAUCAAGGUUGAAAAUGAUGAAAAUGAUGGUGAGAAAUUAUUAGAGGUUUUGUCAAGUAUUCAAGCACAGUGUAAUGAGGAGAAAAAUGCUGAAUAUAUGAUGAAGAUAUUUGGAAAUAUUCAUGGUCCAUGGGCCUUUGUUUAUUGGCAGAAAAAUCAAGGACUUCUUUGGUUUGGUCGUGACUAUUUUGGAAGGCGCAGUUUACUAUGGCAUUUCCCAAAAUCCGCCUCAGACCAGUUUAUUUUGAGUUCUGUGGCACAUGACUCAGACAAAAUGGAUUUUACUGAAAUACCUGCAAAGAUGCUUUACUGUAUCAAAAUGAAAGAUGUAUUGGACUUUUGGAAUCCCACUGAUGAACUCAUAGGCAGCAGUGGAAAUAAAUUCGAACAAUGCAUAAAAGCUCUCUCAAUGCAAGUUCCAAGAUCAGAUCAUGGACUCAGAAAUAUGUUACUUGAAAAAAGUGUUUGUAAUUGUUUAUCACCAAAGAAAGAAAGUACAGAAAAUGCAAAAUUUGAUACUGAAAAUUGUUUAAGUACUGAAAAGAAUGUUUUUAAAGAAGGUUCAGAUGAGAAAGUUGGAGCAUGUGAAAAUAGUUCAGUAGCAGACAAAGAAAGUAUGUAUGAACCAGUAAACACAGAUUUAUUAUGCAAAUUGUGCAGUUGCAUUCAUCUAAAGCCUUAUACUGAGCCACCAGCAAAGGAAACAUCUGAAAAUGCAAUGAUGUUGGAAAAAUGUGCAUCAUUUUUCUUGGAAGUAAUGGAGGAAGCAACAAGACGAAGAGUUUAUAAUUUACCACGAGAAAAAUUUCUUGAACUAAAAAACAAGGAGGGUAUUUUGGACAGUUUACAGACCAUAGAUACUAAAGAGGGCAAACAGGUUACAAAUGUUGGAAUACUUUUUUCUGGAGGGAUUGACUCUAUGGUUCUUGCGGCUUUGGCUGACAGGUGUAUUCCAAAAAAUGAAGUCAUUGAUUUAUUCAAUGUGGCAUUUGAGCAAAGAGUCAAUCAACAAAAUUUGAAUGCCCACAAAAAAAAUCCAAAAGAAAGUGAGAAAAAGGAGCCAUAUGACGUACCAGACAGAAUCACAGGGAAAUCUGGUGUUUGUGAAUUGAAUCCCAAAAGAAGGUGGAACUUUAUAGAGAUAAAUGUUACUCUUGAAGAACUGAAAAGUGCCAGAGAAGAGCAUGUGAAGCACCUAGUGUAUCCACUGGCAACGGUUCUGGAUGACAGCAUUGGCUGUGCAAUAUGGUUUGCAGCAAGAGGCAGGGGUGCACGAUUUGUACUUGAUAAUGGAAAGCUGGUUAAAAAGGUUGAAGACUAUACAAGCAACGCGAAGGUGCUGCUGACUGGAAUGGGAGCAGAUGAACAGCUAGGAGGCUAUGCUCGACAUAGGAGUAAAUUCGAGAAGUUUGGAUGGGAAGGCUUGAAAGAAGAAAUAGAGAUGGAAAUCGAUAGGAUAUCAUCAAGAAAUCUUGGAAGGGAUGACCGUUGUAUCUCGGAUCAUGGACGCGAAGCACGGUUCCCUUUCCUUGACGAAAAUGUGGUGGCUUUUUUGAAAAGAGUACCCAUUUGGAUAAAGUGUGAUCCAAGGCUACCACGUGGUCAUGGAGAGAAGAGGCUGUUGCGGGAGAUGGCAAGGAAACUGAACCUACAUGGAGCAGCUGUUCUGCCAAAAAGGGCAAUUCAGUUUGGAUCAAAAAUAGCGAAGAUAGAAAACUCAAAGGAGAAAGGAAGUGACACUUGCAACAGGCUGCAGGAGCGCGAUCAACAAACAACAAAAAAAACAUUUUUAACGGAAAUCUUUAAAUAUUUUUAACUCAUUAUCAAUUUUAUAUAAUUUUUAUUUUUUUGCAAAAUUAAUGUUGGCUCCAAGUCAAACUUAACUACUA